AUGGAGCUGUUGGGUCUCGUGGAAUCCCGGGUGGAGACGCCGCUGAUCUAUGUGUACAUCUUCGGGCGUGUGGAUAGUCAGCGCAAUCCGAGCAAAGACAGGCCAUGCGACGUCCAUGGCAGCUUGGGCCUCUCUCACGUGAAAGGCCUGCUGUUGUCUCUCAAGCAGCCCGUAUAUGGGGUGGCGCUCGGUGAAAUCGGCUCUGCUGGCACGUCGCUCUUGGAAGUUUGUGACUUUGCGAUCUCCGAGCGGCACAUUAAAGGCACACCAACUCGCGUCCUGCAACCGGGGGAGAUCGAUAUU